AUAGUUCAGUGAUAACUUAAUAAAACGGAUUUCCGAUUUCGUUUACUCUUUAAAAUGACUGAAGAUAGUACACUUGAUGUUAAGAAUAACUUUAAUCAUCUGAUUACUGAAGAAAAGAACAAACACACCGUUUAUUGCACAAAAUGUCCGUCCAAGAUUUUAUCAUCUACGAUGGGAAAGUAUUUGAGAAUCGAAUUCAAUCUUCCACACAUGUCUCAGAAAAAAAAUUGUGAGGCUGUUGAAUGUGAACUGUUGACAGAUUACUGGAUGGUUCCAGAUAUGUAUAUGUUUGAUAAUAUUGGAUUUUCAAAGACUGUUGAAUCUGGCAUUAAAUAUCUUAUUUGCGCUGACUGUGAAAUUGGACCAAUUGGAUGGCAUGAUGACAACAAUAAACAAUCUUAUGUAGCCCUAUCCAGAGUCAAACAUGCUGAAGAUUCAUGAUAUUUAAUUAAAUUGUAAAUACUUGAAACAUUCUAAUUUUAUACAAUAUUUAUAAAUUAAUAUGA